AUGGCUGGGAGAAACGAUGCUGCGAUUGCUGCUGCUUUGGAGGCUAUGGCUCAAGCUCUGGAACAUCAACCUAAUGCUGGUGAGAAUGCUGGGUCUCGCAGUUUGGCUACUUUCCAGAGGGAGAACCCGCCGGUCUUCAAAGGCAAGCAUGACCCUGAUGGAGCCUUAGAGUGGUUGAAAGAGAUCGAGAGGAUCUUUCGUGUAAUGGAUUGUACUCAGGCACAGAAAGUUCGCUAUGGGACACAUAUGCUAGCAGUCGAAGCUGACGACUGGUGGCUAGCAACACGUCAGAGACUAGAAGCCACAGGUGAAGAGAUCACUUGGGAUGUGUUCAGAAGGGAGUUUCUGAGAAAGUAUUAUCCGGAGAGCGUCCGUGGUAAGAAGGAAAUUGAGUUCCAUGAACUGAAACAAGGGAACAUGUCAGUGACUGACUAUGCUGCUAAGUUCACUGAAUUGGCCAAAUUUUAUCCGUACUAUGAUGGAGAGGGCGCAGAGUUUUCAAAAUGUGUUAAGUUUGAAAAUGGGCUACGCUCUGAGAUCAAGAAGGCUAUAGGGUAUCAACAAAUCCGCGUUUUUCCUAACUUGGUAGACAGCUGCAGAAUCUUUGAGGAAGAUAAUGCUGCUCACUAUAAGAUUGUCAGUGAUAGAAGAGGCAGGCAGAAUCAGCAACGUGGCAAGCCUUAUGACACUCCAGCUGGCAAGGGCAAACGAAGAGCUGCUCCGGGCCAGAGAACAAGUGGGGGAGGUGCUCCUGCUCCGAUUGUGUGUUUUAAGUGUGGGAAGGCUGGUCAUAAGAGUACUUACUGCACUGAUGACGUUAAGAAGUGUUUCCGUUGUGGCAAGACUGGUCAUAUGAUGUCUGAAUGUAGACAUAAAGAAGUGGUUUGUUUUAAUUGCGGUGAAGAAGGACACAUUGGAAGUCAAUGUCAGAAACCCAAGAAGGCACAAGCUGGUGGUAAGGUGUUCGCAUUGGCUGGUACUCAGAUAAGCACUGAGGACAGACUCAUUAGAGGUACUUGCUUCAUCAAUAGUAUGCCUUUAAUUACUAUCAUCGAUACUGGUGCUACUCAUUGUUUUAUUGCUGCUGAAUGUGUUGAAAGGUUGGGUCUUGUACUAUCUUCGAUGAAUGGCGAGAUGGUAGUUGAGGUUCUAGCUAAAGGAUCUGUGACUACAUCUCUUGUUUGCUUGAAAUGUCCGUUGUCUAUCUUCGACAGGGACUUUGCUGUUGAUUUAGUAUGUUUACCGUUAGCCGGGCUAGACGUAAUUUUGGGAAUGAACUAG